CAAACAAAAGUUCAAAAAAGUUUCCCUUUUUUCUUUUCUUCAAAUUAUGGAAGCUGGUGCCAUUUCAGAAAGAGAAUGGAUAUCUCUUAGUGGAGCUUAUACUGCUGAAGAAUCUGAUUUUAUGGCUAAUUUACUCAACAAUUAUUGUAUUCCAAAUGAGUUAAAUUCAGAUUUAACCUUGGAAAUUCCAUCUUCUUAUUGGGCUUCUUCUAAUGAACCUUCUUAUUAUUCUUCAGAUGCUUCUGAUUCUUCCAAUAUCUAUGCCCUUUCACAACCCAAUAACAAUCUUCCUUAUACUUUCAAUGAAUCUAACCCUCUUUGGAUGCCUAAUAAUGGUGCUUCUUCCUUGUCCUUGGAUUUUUCCGUCGAGGAUGUCGGGAAUGCCGAUUGCUUGGACGAUAAUGGUUCGAAUAUUCGUAAAACAAGGCAAUGCAGCAGGCUACAACAAUCCCCUGCUGACUCUGUUGUCAAUGGGAAGAGCUCACAACAGAAACGAAGAGCUGAUGGUGUGAUGGUGGAAGAAGCUAUGAGGGAUGAUAAAGUUGGACCGGUUUCGGUUGAGAAUGCCUCGAGGAAGCGACCUCAAAGUUUGCUUGAUGUUGAAAAGACGAAAAGGAGCGGGAGGGCACGGAAGACCUCGAAGAUUGCUUCGGGUAGCUGCAAUGAAGAGGAUCAAAUUGUUAGUCCAAAUGGGCAAUGCACAAGCAGUUUCAGCUCUGAAGAUGAUUGUAAUGAGGCUCAGGAAAUCAAUGGUGGAAUCACUUCUAGCUCAACCUCAAAUGGAAAGCCAAGAGCCAGUAGAGGCUCAGCCACAGACCCUCAAAGCCUCUAUGCAAGGAAAAGAAGAGAAAGAAUCAAUGAAAGGUUGAGAAUCUUACAAAGCCUCGUCCCAAAUGGUACAAAGGUUGAUAUCAGUACAAUGCUUGAAGAAGCUGUUCAAUAUGUGAAGUUUUUGCAGCUUCAAAUCAAGUUGUUGAGCUCAGAUGAUUUAUGGAUGUAUGCACCAAUUGCUUACAAUGGAAUGGACAUUGGACUUAACUUGAAGUUGAUGAAGCAAGACAAUGCAUCACAAUAGAUAAUAGUUAUACUGUUCUAUUUCUUUGUUGUAGAAUCAUAAAUUUUAGAGAUACCAUUUUAUAAGCUUUUCAAAAUUUAACCCUUUUUCUUUUCAAAGAAAAAGAUGGUAAUGAAAAGUUGAAGACUUUGAUCAUUCAUUUUGGCCUCAAAAGGAAGGUUUAAUCAUAUGAAGGAAUAUGUGUAAUUUUUGUUAUUCUUUCUUUUGGGCUAAAUAUGCUGUAAGAUUUAUUCCCAUACAUUGGCUGAUUAAUGUGACUUCCUAAUGCUAAUUAAUCCAAA